AUGUCCCAGAUAUGUCCAGCCCCACCUUCUAGUGCAGAGGAGCUGCCGACAGAUGACAGUAGCUAUCCUCCUUCAAUAUUGAGGAAAAGGCCACCUGUGGACCAAGCUGUGGGGGAAAAGCGGAAAGCAGAGAGAAAGGUUCGAUUCCGUGAGCCAGAAGUCAUUGAAUAUGCCAUUUCCUGCUAUGACUACGUAGUGGUAGAUGACAGGUCAUCAUCUGGAUUGCCUGUGCUCCUGUGGCUCUCAUUUUGCACGGUGCUGAUCCUUGCUGUGAGUCUCUACUACACCAGCGUGAAGAAAGAUGUCAAAGUCCUGGAGGAAUUUCAAUCCCAACUUGUUAUCUUCUUUCUUCAGAUAAGACACGUUGCUCAGAAAUGUUGGACUUGGUUUAUGAGGCAGUAG